CCGUCCGUGCAACACCCAUCCCCCGAAAACACCGAAUCUCCGCACCGUCCGAGUAGCGGAAAAGGGGGGGACUUGUGAUGGCCGAGAAGAUGCGAGGACAGCCCAACCUCCAAAAGUCGCAGUCUUUGGCAGAUCUAAAGGAUCCAAGCCUUGGAGAAACGAGCCCUUGGUUCUCCCAAUGAGCCCGUGCUCUCCAUCAAACCUCAGCCUUGCUGAUAGCCCGGCUCAGUUCAGUGUUCAAGAAAUCAGAAAACUAAAGAGUUCGCAGAGGAUCACGUAUGGACAGUUAUCACCAGUACCGGAGUCAGCGUUCUCGGACAACAGCGCAUCUGACUACCUUCCACACACUUCUCCUUCCACAUCGUUCGCUUCAGGCCGAGGAUUAUUCCCGCUGCAGACUAAUGAGCAGAAACAAAGCCUGACUCGGUUGCAGCCUCUUCCCCGCUAUUCUCCACCACUUUGGGACACAUCAGCGCUGCAGCAAGCUGAGUUUCAGCCUUUCUCCCAGCCCAGAGGUAUGACCAAUCCCAUCUCCUGGUCUGUCAGAGCCAACCCACCCUCUUUCCAGCUGGAGACCCCCACGCCAUCCCAGGUCCUAUUUGGAAGUCCAAAACCAGAUAAAACCGAAGCAGGAGGUCAUGGAGGACAUUCCAGUCCCUUUUGUCUGGACCAACUGGAGACCAACCAGCCCACGCUGGACUUUCCAAUAAGCCAAUCAGAGCCUGUCCAUCUGUUUGAAGAGAAUGUCUUCACAAUGUUUAAUGAUAAUACGCAUGGAACAGAAAGUGCACUCUUUGGGAAUGGAUGCUCCAAGGUAUAUCUCCGAAAGGAAUCGUCAGUAAGGCUUUCAUCCCCUCAAACUGUACCCAGUCCUCAGGCUGUUGGAAUGGAGCUUUCCAACGGCACUCACAGAAAUUCCACAUGUCUUGGAGAGAAUGCUGGGCUUUUGAAAAGCUUUGAAUAUUUGCCAAGUUGCUCAUGCAGAGCAGGUUACCUCAGUUCAGACUCCAAUGAUGAUGAAUCUUGGUGUGAGUCAUGUGGCCAUGAGUCUGGUUUUUAUUUGGAUGACGCCUGCUCUGACAAUCUGAAAUCAGCCUCACAGAGAAUUACUGUCCUUUCCCAACCGGGGCCUCUCACCCCGUUAACAAGAUCCAAUGUGAAUGUUGGAACCAACCGGAACAUGAUGCCAAAUGAGGUCAGCACAGAUAAUAAAGCUUCUGGAAGCCAGCAGUCAGGGAGCUCCGUGACGCCGCCAUCAACUCAUAACUCCGAAGUGUGUAGAUGUAAGAAAGCUGAGAGUCGAGACGCAGCGACUCAGACUGUGUGCUCAGGCACAGCUGGCAUGUGUGAUGUUUCGACUCAGUGCAGCUUCGACGCAAAUGGCGAGACCAAAGCCAAAGGUUUGUGUCGACCAGCUGUUGACGCAUCGGAACAGUUUCCACUGAAUGAGAGGGAGACUGACAUGGAGACACAGACACUCAGAGCACCAUCAAAAGGCUCAGCGAGUAAAGAAGGAGCGACUCCUUGGAGCUGGAAGGAAUCGAGGACGGGCUCAAGAGGCCGGAUUUUCAACAUUGUUCCUUCAGAUAAAAUCCUGCAGGGACCCAUCAACCCCUUGCUUGGUGUUUGGAGGCCAAAAGGAGAGGAAAAUGGAGACGAGAGCGAGCAGAGAGGGCCAGACAGGGAGAACCUGGUGAAGGACGAGUCAGACGAAGGAAGAGAGGAGGUCAGGGGUCACACACUGUCGGAGGAGGUGGAGACGCUUCGAGAAAUAGCCGACGUUUUGCUUCUGCUGAGGCAGAAGUAAACAAAGGAUGGCGGACAGAUAAGGAAAAGUAAUAUAUUUAUUAUACUUCAGUGUUUGAUGUUUUCUAGUGUUUAGUUAAAAUAGUCUGUUGGUUAUGUUGUUGUGUAAUGAAACAAAAAGCCUUUAAGCAUUACUUUAGACUCUUGAGUUUAUUUCUUUCUUCAUGUACAUUAGAUAUUCAUCUUUAUAUAAUAUAAACUCUAGCAAAACAUUUACAUCUUGAACAAUUGUCAAAUAUACUAUACAGAGAUUUUUUUUAAACUUGUGUUUUAAUUAAGAUAGAAACAUAUAAGUAGUUCACAUAAAAUAAAAAUAAUAAUAAAAAAUGGAAACAUUUUACCAUAAGUACAUGUCACAUGGCCUGUCUGCCGCAGAGGGACGAUAACACAACUGGAUGUGGGGAGCGAAACAUCACAGAACCUUUGACGAGAUGUACAUCAUAUGAGAGGCACACGAUCACUUUGAAUAUUGUGUCAACACGUCUUCCAUAGUACAAUAUGUACAAAAUUACUUUGCGUGGUUUUAAGACAGUUUUACCAAAUGAAAAAUGAAAAGAAUUGCAUUUUCCUUACGUAUGCAGUUGGAUUAUUUUGAAAACCGGGCGCAGGUUUGUUUUCGUCAGUGAGAAACACGCAGCACAUUCCACAACGAAUGAAUCAGUAGUUCAGUAUGUUCUUGGCCUGUUACUACAGCUCACACACACUCAACAUAAUCAGUGGCGAUAUUUUUAAAGAGCAUACAAAUAUCUUUAAAGCUGACAUUUACGUUAGUAAUAAUCAAUGCCUUGGAAAAGUAUUCAUACCCUUUGAUCUUUUUUUGCCUCAUUUUCUCAGAUUAUAACAAACUCAUAUGUAUUUUAUUGGGGUGUUAAGGAAGAUUAAUGCAAAGUAGUGCAUAGUUGGGAAAUAAAUUAAUGCAGGUAUGACUUUUUAAUAAAAAAACCCCUAAAAACCUUGGUGUCCAAGAUAUUUAACCACAUUUACUCUUAUACCCCUAAAUUAAAUAAUGUAGCCAUGAUGGGCAUUCAUUAGUAAAGAAGCCAAGAGACCUAACGUAACUCUGGAAGAGCUGCAGAGGUAAACUACUCAGGCUGGGGAAUCUAAAAGAAAGAAUGAAGAAGGGAAUAGGUCAUCUUUUUGUCCUUCUUGCAAAAUGCUGAAACGAACACUGAUCCUAUUAAACAUCGUGGUGGCAGCAUCAUUCUGUUGCUUUCUCAAAGGAAAAUAGAUGGAUGCCUAUAGGUAUGUAAAGGGAAAUACUGGGGGGGGAAAAAGUCUUCGGGGCUACAAAAGUUCACUUUCAAAAAUGAAUAAAAACCUGGACAUAUAACCAGAGCUGCAGUGAAAUGUAUAGUAAUGGCCUAUUUAAAGUCCAGACCUAAAUUCAGGUUGGGAAUAAAUGCAUGUAAAUACAUAAAAUCCCAAUAAAAAACAUAACAGAAACAUAUGGUUGUGAUGUGAGAAAAUGUGGAAGAGUUCAAAGGUCAUGAAUGCUUGUGCAAGGCACUUUAUAACCUUUCAGCAAUAUUUAGUCUGUGCAAGUUUUUUACAAUAAAAUGAGAGGUGGCACCUUUCUGCUCACAUCAAACUCAGCAUGGCGCAUACUGUGAGGUUAAAUGAGUCUAAACUGGCUGCAGGAAAGAGUAUCUGUUUUUAUACCGACAACUAAAUGAAUGUCCUUAAAUCACAUUUUUGGUCAUACUUAGGCAUUUGCUUAUUUUUUCCACAUGAGGGCGCUACUCUCCUGCUUUGUAAUAUUGUUUUUUCUCAUAAAUAGGUCAACAAUGCCACUUGCUUUUAUACAAGUCUCCCAGUUUUAGAUGCAUGCUGGUGUCACUUUGAUAAUAAAUGCAAAAUGUAUCUUAAUAAUCGAUGUAGCUUGGGAGUUCAUGGUUUAUUUAAACUGAGAUACAUUUUUAUGGAUAAAGACGUGAAUUAUCCUGGAUCCAUGUUUAUUUGGGAGCUGUUGCAGCAUAUUUACUUUAUUUACAUGUUAUUGUAACAGCUUCUUUCUUUUUUUACUUCAACGGUUUUUGCUACACAGGGACUUUGGUGAAGUCACGCAGCAACUACACAUCGGUUGUUACAAAACAUCGCUAAAUUACAUUAAAGCCAGACUGAAACCAAAGGCUCCUCUAGUUUGUACAUAAGGCUAUGAAGGAAGACAGAAAAAACAUUAGAACUUGAAGAAGCUAUUUAGACAUGCGGGAAAUGCAACAAAAAUGGGCAUUAGGCACAUUACACAGGCACUAAUGAAAGUUUUACUUGACUCCUUCAUCUGAAUGUCAUACAUUUACAAUGCGUCCAGGAAGCAGUUCCUCUGAGCAGCGGUUUAUUGUGCUAAAAAGCUGCAUUUUCUUAUAGAUGAGAAACUUAAAAACCUCAAAUCAAAACGACUGUGAAAGCCACAGAAUUAAAACUUCAGCAUCAGAACGUAUAAUCUUUCCAGUGCUCCCAACUGGGGCUUUUGUUAGUCAAGCACUAACAGUACGAGUUUGCUCAGGUGUAACAUUGUGCAUGUUUGUUGAUUGCUUUUCAUGAGAAGGUCAAGACCAUCCACAAACUUGGAGGGUAUGGGGGCGGGGGAAUCUCAUCUAGGGGAGCUAACAUUACCGCGCAACGCUACAAGCCGAAACACUAACCCGAAACGUAUCUCAAACUGAAAGGCGUAACGGCACUACGGAGAUACAACAAGUCACGACAACAGCUCUCAGGUCAGCUAAGGUGAUGUGUAUGCACAAACCUGGUAUCCAAACGACACGUGUACCGCACCUCUUUUUUUUUUUUUUUUUUU